AUGAAUUUGACGUGUAAUUCCACCCUCGAGGACAUGAGGAUCCUCCCCGGCUCCGAGAUCCUCAUCGCCGGCCCGUUGACCUUCCACGACCUCGCCCUCGUCAUCGCCGGCUCCUGUACCAUCAUCGCCAUCAGCCUGUCUCUGUAUCUAGUGUUCAUGCACGCCAACAACUACACGAAACCACGAGAGCAGCGCCAAAUCAUCCGUAUCCUGUUCAUGGUCCCCGUCUACGCUGCCUCAUCCUUUCUCCAACUAUACUACUACUGGCACGCCGUCUACUUCCAGGUCAUGAGCGACUGCUAUGAAGCUUUCGCCAUUGCCUCCUUCUUCUCCCUCAUGUGCCACUACCUGGCCCCGGAUCUACACACUCAAAAAGAAUACUUCCGCAACCUGCACCCCAUCAAGCCCUGGGUCUGGCCCCUGAAUUGGUUCGCCAAGUGCUGUGGUGGUGACAGAGGACCCUGGCGCACGCCCAAGAGCGGUUUGACUUGGUUCAACAUCAACUGGAUCGGUAUCUAUCACUAUGUCUUUAUCCGUGUUGCCAUGACCGUCACCGCGGUUGUCUCUCAAUACUUCCACAGAUACUGCGAGAGCUCCAACAACCCGGUCUUUGCUCACAUUUGGGUCAUUUCAAUCAACUGUGUAGCCGUGACCAUCGCCAUGUACUGCGUCAUCCAGUUCUACGUCCAGAUGCGCGAAGCUCUUGCACCGCACUCGCCCUUCCUCAAGGUCCUGGCAAUCAAGCUAGUCGUCUUCUUCUCCUUCUGGCAGGUCACCUGUAUUUCCGUCGCCACAUCUACUCUCGAUCUCGUCCACCCGAACGAGGUCCUCGCCUAUCCCGACAUUAAGGUCGGCAUCCCCGCCUUACUACUAUGCUUCGAGAUGGCACUCUUUGCCCUCCUGCAUCUCUGGGCUUUCCCGUGGAGACCAUACGCUCCCGGCGCGAAACCCACCUUCUAUCCUACGCCCGACUCCCGAGACCCCAACGCUCACCCGCGCGAGAAUGAGCAUGGGCCUCCAUCCGGAGGCUGGCUUGGUUUUGGUGCCAUUGGAAAUGCGCUCAACCUUUGGGACUUUGUCAAGGCCUUCGGUCGUGGCAUGCGCUGGCUCCUCUGCGGUGUCAAGCGCCGCAAGGAGGACCCUAGCUACAAGACGGCCGCCAGCUUGGAUAUGGAUGAUCUCGACAAGGGCGACACCUCCUACGCCCGCCCCGGAGCGAAGAGUACCGACCAUCUUCCCAUCGCAACCGAAUUCCGCCGCAGCACCUACCUACAGCCUUCGAGGCCGCCGCCACGUCCCGCCCGCGCCGACAACGAAAGCGACAGCCUCAUCGCACACGCUCAGCCUCACGCUUCCGAGAUGUCGCCGCCGCAACGCCCAGCAAGACCUGUAUCACCAAUGUCCCCCAUCUCGCCUUACCAAGAUAAGAGUUACGAGGCGGCCGGCAUGGUGCCCGCCUAUCAUCCACCACGCGAGGCAUACCACCCGCAACGCGAUGCCGACGCCGAGUGGGAAAGAACAGCUUUAGCGCCGAGCCCCGGAAUGCCACCAAAUGCCGUGGCUCCAAGUCCCACUGCCACUGGUCCACGGGACCUGACGCAACAGCGAAUUGGGGAGGCUCUGUGGGGAGCGCGUAGCCCUGUGCCUGAAAGCCCUGUCUUGCCGCACACAGAUCAAAUGCCGACUGUGCAGAGGAACGGACAGCAGGGCUAUAACCAGGGAUAUAACCACAAUGCUGGACCUGGGCAGGCCUUCUAA